CCGUGGGAGAGGCAGCACCGUGGAGCCGCAAGUCUACGGUGUUGUUAAAAAAAAAAUAUAAACCGAAUAAAUAAUAACUAAAUAAACUUGCGUGUACAGUGUUUAUUAAUGUGACAAGGUGGAUUACAGUGUAAUGUACAUUGUGUGAUUACAGCGUAAAUAUAGAGUUUUUAAAAAUCACUGUAGGGCAAGGCCAUUUGUCGGCUGAUCUGAUGGAUAGUAGAGACCACCGGGAUAAUAGGGUCGCGAAAGGGCAGUACCGGGCUGUAGAUUUAAACGCGUUUAUUUUAUGAGAGAGGGAGUACAGAAGUGAGACGACCAGAGGCCCGGUUACUGGAGAAGGGUUACAGAAUAAAUAUAGUAAUAGUAACUAAAAUAUACAGAUAGAUAAUACAUUUUUAGAAAGAACUCUUAAAAGAACACACAUAUAUACAUAUAUAUGUACUGGUAUGUAUAUAUAUGUAGUGCGCACGCGAAACAACAAAAUCUAAAAAGAACUUUAGGUGGAUGAUAGACUUUCAAUUAAUAAACAGACUAAUUAAUUGCAACUGGACGGGGGCUCGAUUCGGGAUUUCCGAGAUCUGCUUGAAAGUUCACUAAUUAUUUAACAAGUGAUUGGGUUCUCGUGUGCACGCGGGUGAUUGAUGUGUCAUCGUGGUACAAAUGAAGGAGUUGCCAACGAGUGAGAAAAUACCGAUAAUAAACGAGAGUUUAAUUAUAUAUAAUAAAUAAUAUAAAUAUAUUAAGUGACAAGUAAUUAAUAAUAAUAAUAAUAAUAAUAAUAAUAAUAAUAACAAUAAAAGUAAUAAGUGUGUAGUGAAAAGGAAGUAAUCGUGUUGAGUAAGACGAGGAGGUGCACUGCCGGCAGUUGCAACUACGAAAACGACCAAGAGCACGAGGAAGACGGAGACAAAGACGAGAACAACAACGACGACGACGACAUUGAUCAUUAUCACCGUGGCAUCAAGAUAAUAUCGGGCGAAACGAGGCAGCCGAGAAGCAGCCGCCUCCUGCCGCCUGCAUUGAACAUUUACAGGCAGCAGCAGAGCAGGCAUACUGAUUUCGCUAACUCGCGCUACCUCUGUAUUAUCACCUUGUCCUUUAUUUCAUUUUUUUUCCUAUCAUUUUACCUGCUAUUGGUGCCAUUAUCAAGCUCAUUAACCUCCGCAACCUCCCACGAGGACCCGGCUGCCUUAAAUCAUGGCGUGCUGCCUGUCGGAAGAGGCCAAGGAACAAAAACGUAUUAACCAGGAAAUCGAGCGGCAACUACGGAGGGACAAACGAGAUGCUAGGCGAGAACUCAAGUUAUUGCUACUCGGUACUGGUGAGUCGGGAAAAUCAACAUUCAUUAAACAAAUGAGAAUUAUUCACGGCUCUGGAUAUUCAGACGAAGACAAAAGAGGCUUUAUCAAGCUUGUAUACCAAAAUAUAUUUAUGGCAAUGCAAUCAAUGAUAAGGGCGAUGGACCUUCUCAAAAUUACAUAUGGUGAUAGCUCGAGCCAAGAAAAAGCAGAGUUAGUCAGAAGUGUAGAUUUCGAAACCGUAACAACAUUUGAAAGUCCAUAUGUAGAAGCCAUUAAGGAUUUGUGGGCAGACUCGGGUAUUCAAGAAUGUUAUGAUCGACGACGAGAGUAUCAGCUCACGGAUUCAGCCAAAUACUACCUUAUGGAAAUAGACCGAGUGGCGGCACCAAAUUAUCUGCCAACAGAGCAGGACAUUCUACGUGUGAGAGUGCCUACGACUGGUAUAAUUGAAUAUCCCUUUGACUUGGAAGAAAUUCGAUUUAGGAUGGUAGACGUAGGUGGGCAGAGAUCGGAAAGAAGGAAAUGGAUUCAUUGUUUUGAAAAUGUCACUUCAAUCAUAUUUUUAGUAGCUUUAAGUGAAUAUGAUCAAAUUUUGUUUGAAUCAGAGAAUGAGAAUCGAAUGGAAGAAAGUAAGGCGUUAUUUAAAACAAUUAUCACAUAUCCCUGGUUUCAACAUUCUUCCGUAAUUUUAUUUUUAAAUAAAAAAGAUCUGCUCGAAGAAAAAAUCAUGUACUCCCAUCUUGUCGAUUAUUUUCCUGAAUACGAUGGCCCACAAAGAGAGGCCAUAGCUGCUAGAGAAUUCAUUUUAAGGAUGUUUGUCGACUUGAAUCCCGAUAGCGAAAAAAUUAUUUAUUCUCAUUUCACAUGCGCCACAGAUACCGAGAACAUAAGAUUUGUAUUCGCAGCCGUAAAAGAUACAAUUCUUCAAUUCAAUUUAAAGGAGUAUAAUUUGGUGUAGGCAUCAUCGUUGUGAUAUAGUAGAAAUUGUUUCAACAUUAUUCAUACGACCCUCAAAGCGCACAAAAUGUGUGAAUAUGAACUUUGUUGAGCGAUUGAAGCUAAUAAUAAAACUAAAACAAAUUUAUGCGUAAAAGAUAAAUAUUCCGUGGUAAUAUAAUUAAUAAAGGAAAAAUAAUUCAAAUUUAAAUCGAAGAUAUAAAAAAUUUUUAAGUAUGAAAUAAUGGAUAAAAUUAAUGACUCGUGAUGUUUUUUUUACAUCAUAUGUAAUACGAGUGUACCAAUUUUAGUUAGAUUUAUUAUACACACAAACAUACGCACAUAUAUAUGUACAUACAUAUAUAUAGUUCGAAGAUUCUAGCGGCAAAAAAAUAAACAAAAAAAAUUUUUUAAAGUUUUUUUUUUGUUUUUUGUUUUUGUUAUUUUUUUUUAAUUAAUAAAGACCUAAAAUCUGAACGUCAUACGUUCUCCUAAACUUUUUACUGUCGAUACCAACAAAACUUAUAUUUUCUCUUACUCUUUGUUGAAUUUGUUACCUUUUUAUAGCUUAGCUUAGACAAAAUCAAGCCUGUCGUUUGUAUGCGACAUCGUCUGACUUUUAUAUAACAAUUUUAAAAUAAUAAAGAAAAAAAAAAUAAUGAAAUUAAUGCGACUAACGAUAAGACGUGAAAUAAUUAAAAGCUAUUUAAUAUAAGUAACAAAAAAUAUUUGACUCGAUAUGAGAUUCGUAUAUAAAUCUGUCGUCACGAACAGUGAGAUCUCACCUUCGAUAAUUUUUAGAUCGUAUAGGAUUGGAUAAAUUAUUUAAAAUAAUAAACAAUUGUGAGCUAGGCGGAAUACAAAAUAAUAAACAAUAAAACAAUUAAUGGACAAUGAGCUUCUUUACACUAUUAUUAUUAUUAUUAGUUGAAGAAAAAAAUAUAAACAAGUGAGUAAGAUUCUAGUGCCAUUUACUUGUGUGGUGUUUGUUUGUUUUUUUUUUUUUUGUUUUUAUUUUUUAAUUGCAGUUCUGCAUUAAAUACAAAGCCAAAGUGUUUUUUUGUUUCUGUUUUAUAACUAAUUUUUUAUAUAUAAAAGUAUGCAACAAAAUAAUUAUCGAUUCUGCAUGUAACUCAAAUUUAAAAUUCAUCGUAUAAAUAUUGUUAUACAAUAACUAUUAGAGUGGUAUCUUUACUAGUCACUUUAAAAAUUUUUAAUUUUACCUCAGAAAAUUGUCAAUUGCAUUUAAAUUUUUAAUUUCAUUAAACUUUAGCGCAACCAGACGAUUUUACGGUGGUUUCAUUUUUCAUUUUUUUUUAUUAUUACUAUUAUUUAUUUAUUUUCUUUCUUUUAAAAUUAAACUAUAAGUUAAAACAUUAAUUUUUCUUGAUACCAGCAUCAAAACUUAAAACUUCAGUGCUUAACAUUCAGUAGAAAAAAAAACAAAUUUCAGUCCAGUGUCGGGAAAAAAUAUUAAAAAACGCGUAAAUUGUAAAUGUAUUUAGUCAGCGAGUAGAAACAAACUUGUUUUGACUCUUGAGAAAAAAUAUUAGUAUAUUACACACCUAGGGAGAAAAGUAGGACAUUAUAACCCACGUGCGCAGUUGACCCGAGUCGAAUGCGAGUCUGAUCUGUGUGUAUUUUUUAUCAUACCUGCACCAAAAGUUUGAAUUCCCGCCCUGUUUAUAGGGAAGAAAGAUUCUUUUAUGAGAAAACAAAUAAAAAUUAGCGCAUGCGCAAUUUGUUUCACAAGGAGGAAGGUCGCUUUCGGCUCGCGUAGAAUUAUACACAGGUUAAAAUGUCCGACUUUUCUCCCUAGGUGUGUAAUAUUCUAAUUAAUUAGAUCUGUAUCUGAAAGUUUGAAUUUUUGUCACAGAAAAUGGCGUAUGCGCUAAUUUUUAUUAUUUGUUUUCUGAUAAAAGAACUUUCUUCCCUUAAACAAGACAGGAAUUCAAAUUUUGGCGCGGAUAAUGUUUCUGUUCGCUGACUGAAGGCAGUCGCAAUUUAAACUUUGAUACUUGUCAUUUAUUUAACAGUAACUUCAGAUCAUUAAUUUUCGUUACAUAAAUGACAGUUCUGUGAUUAAGUUUUAUAAAAAUUAGUUGUUCACAUCAUUGACCUUAAAUUAACUUGUUUCUGACUGAAACUUUAAGUUUCAAUGCAGAUAAUCAUGAAAAAUCUUAUGUAACUCGGAAUGAAACACGAUUUCAGACUGCGGCCAACUUCACUCUAGUCUGAAACCGUCAUUUCGUCCCUUGUCACACAAUAUACUAUCAAGUGUUUGAAUGGUUUUUUGUCGCAUCGCAUUGAUUGGACGUAGUCUUAGUCUUUCUUACUUAAAAUAAAAAAAUUUUUCAAAAUUUUGAGUGACUUUGAGUAUAUUUCUCACAGAUAAAUAAUAAGAAGCUCAGUCACCGCUUAGUGUCACCAGACAGCGUCAACUGAGACACCGUUGGAUCGUCAAAUUUUUUUCAGUAACGAUAAUUUUUAAAAAUACAAAGACGCUAAAUAUAUUAUAAGUAACAACACAGGGAUACUUCAGCCAUUUUAUUAUUUAAUAAAUAGUAUUAUUAUUAAUAUAUUUAUGCAAUUUAUUAAAUUUUUUGAGAUAAAAUUAAUGAUUUUGAAUCGUGAUUUAAAAAAUUGCCAGUCAAAUAAAUAAAAAUAAAUAUAAUAUAUACAAAAAAUGAAACAUAGAAUAGGAUGUAUGUAAGCAUCAAUGAAGAUAAAGAAAAGGAAAUAAAAGAAAAAAUGGAGAAUAUGAAGAUUAAGAAGA